UUUUCCUCCUCUGCCCGCUCCAAUGCCUCUUUUGUUUUGUCCUCCACAGAGGUAAAGGACACACAAAUUCUAGCAGUCGAGGUUUCGGGUAGUGAACAUAGCGAUAGACACCCAAGCGACUCUGAAGAAGACCUCAAAGAACCAUUGCACACCGAUACAGAAUCUCAAAGAACGUCACAGACGGAACACAGUGACAUCCCCGAUGACUCUCAGGACCCAACAAAUGGCUACUACAAAGUCCGAGCCCAUGAUGACUCCCGCCCAACCACAGUUGCCUAUCCAGAGUUUUCCUCACCUCCACGACCUCUAUAUUCUGCAACCACAAGCCUCAGCCCGCUCUGCCCAACUCCAUCUUUACCCGGAGCUCCAAAACUGUAUGACUAUGCUCACCGAUAUGCCACCACCACCCCACGCCAAGGAAGUGAACGGAUCCAUAUACCUCAAGGUCCAUGCAGCAUAUCUACAGGUCCCAGUACCCACCCAGCACCUUACGCCAGAGCGUUCUGCAGUUACGUCCGUCCAGACCGAUUCGAAACCCUGGAAUCGGGAACCACACGGCUCUCCUACGCCUCCCUCUCCACGCACUGUGACUACGGCAGACCGGCACAGCAACGCAUGCAAACUCACGUGUGA